AAAUUAUACCAGAUUCAUCAGAUGAGAGAUAUAGAGAUAUAGUUGAGUUCUUCACUGAUGAAAUCGCCAAAGGAAACUUCUCUCUCAGACUGAAGAGUGUCAGAACUGAGGAUAAAGGAGUUUACAUGUGUCAAGUGUUUGCUGGAGGACUUUCAGCCAAUGCAACUGUGGUACUGGAGAGACUGGUGACACUGAGCUCUCCUGACACUGACAUUCAGGCUCCUCUGUCCAGUCAGCCAGCUGCGCCCGCCAUCAACAACGGGAAUCUCUCUGCAUCUGUACCGCUGUCGGUCCCUGGCAUGAAGAAGCCCUGGCACGAGGACGUCACUCAGGACCUGAGGAAUCACCUAGUGCACAAGCUGGUUCAAGCCAUAUUCCCGACCCCAGACCCUGCAGCACUGCUGGACAGACGCAUGGAGAACUUGGUCGCUUACGCAUGUGAAGUGGAAGGAACCUUCUUUGAGUCUGCUGACAGUAGGGCUGAAUAUUACCACUUGCUGGCUGAGAAGAUCUAUAAGAUCCAGAAGGAGCUGGAGGAGAAGAGAAGGUCCAGACUAUCAUGCCCAUAAGCACUCAGGAUCCUUAACAGCCUGAUGCUACGGGACCUGAACAAGCCAUCGACAGCCACAUUAGUUUGGGGCCAAAUCAGUCAUGUGACAGGCAGAAUUUAUGUGACAUGCAUGAUCUAAUUUGAGUGUAUAAUAGCAGGCAGGGUGUGUAACUUCAAGAGAGCAAACAUACAUAUGUGUUCCUCUUGAUUUAUGUUGUUUCCAUGCUUAUUUUAUCAUUUUUCUUAUGUAUAUAAUGUACAUACAUAUAUAUUCUAUUCUUUACAUUACUUUUCUGAUUGUUUUUUGCUCUUUAUACUGUAUAUUGUUGUUUAAUGUUAUAUGAAGGUUUUCAGGAUCACAGGAUGAUGUUGUGAAGCAGUAAUUCUCUGUAUUCUUUGCUUGAUAUAAUAAAACAUCAAGUCAGAUGAAGUCAAACUGAGCAUUGAGAAAGAUGCAACUAACGUUAAUAAACAUUUUUUACCAUCA